AUGAACUUAGACCCUAACGAAUUAUCAAAAUGGAAUUGCAUUCUCGAGCCCAAGACAAAUGGGAUCAAUACUUAUAGUGGACUCUACAUAGGAGACAUUGAUUGCGCCAAGGAUCAAUAUUUGCUAUCAAAAUUACAAAUACGCGCUGUUUUGAGUGUCAUUGAUUUUCCUGAAAUUAAUUUACCUGAAUCAUACAUCCAUUCAAAAAUCUCAAUUCCUGAUUCUGAAGAUCAAUCAUUAUUAGAUCACUUCCCUUUGUGUUUCAAUUUUAUAGACGAGAAUAGAAAACAUACGAAUGUAAUGGUUCAUUGUUAUGCUGGAAUAUCAAGAAGUGCCACAGUUGUUUUGGGUUAUUUGAUGCAACAUUUUGAAUGGAGUUUUGAUCGAGCUUAUUAAAUAUUAUGGUGUUUGAGAAAAUAAAUAUUGCCAAAUGAAGGCUUUAUAAAAUAAUUGAGAGUGUAUGAGCAAAUUUUAAAAAAAGAAGAUGAGAUUGGUAAACCUGAUUAUAAAAUGGAGAUUAGCAAUAGUUCUUAAGUCACUAGGCAAAAUUAGUUUUUGAAACAAAUUGAAUAAGAAAUUGAGGAGAGACAAAGGAAUUUAGAAAAACUAAAAUAAAAAUAUAAGUAAAUUUAGAAUACUAAAUUGAUAUCUCAGCAAUCGAAAACCAUUUUGUGA